GUCCAGAGAAGAGGGAUACUUUCUUUCUCUCCGCCAAGGAUGCCCGCUGCCCCGUAGAACACGGUCCAGUGAAGAGGGAUUGUUUUUCUUGCUGUCCGGUAAAACACCGAUCAGUAUAUUCAGAUGAUGUGGUGAUGGCCAUGGACGAGUUGUCGUCGAUCUAAUGCUGUGCGUUUGUGACUGUGCCCGAUUCGCAUAGGUCUACGUGGACAGCUACGAGUUGACAGUCGAGGAUUUGGUUGCUUGGUUUGGCACAGUUCUAAAAACACCAAUUUUAGAUCAUAGUUGGCGAUAUCUCAGACUAUUGGAUUGGUUCUAAUUAGUGAACUAGGUCUAUAUAAAGACACGGAGUCUUAUGGUCCUAUAUAUCCAGCAGAUUCUCUCAGGUAAGUGAUAUUUAUUUAGGGAUUUUUUUCUUGCCUGGGGGAAAGGGGGCCUACAUUUCUCCCGAUGUGUGAGUUUUGAAUGUGUCUUCAACUGAUUAUGAAUAUGUUGUGAUGAUAUUGAUAUGAUGGUGUGAAAUCAUGACUGUGCAUUGAUGCUAUUGAUAUUUACUUGACACUGAAUAAAUAAACAAUUUUGAAUAUUGUGUUGUUAUUAUUCAUGAAUGAAUGUGAUGUAUAUAUAUUAGCUAGCAUCUGGCAUAAAAGUUUUUGAGAAUGGCAUACCCAUCGUCUUUAUUAAGGUCAAGAAGCAUUGUCAUUACUGGACUGCCUGAUCAAAUUACAGAUUCUGAAUUGAAAGACUUUUUAAAAUUCCAUCUGGUAUCAGAGUUUACAAUAGAAUACAUCCAUAGACCUGACACAAUAUUGGGUGCAAUAUUUGUAGUAUUUGAAGAUGCCGCUUUAGCGACAGAAGCCAUUGAUAUUCUUGAUAAAAGAAAAUAUGAUGGUCAAACAGUUGACGUGAAGAAAAUAAACAAAAGUAUGGAAAGGGAUAUACUGGAUGCACUAGAAACUAAAGAAUCAAAACUGUCCGAAGUGAUAGGUAUGAUUAAGUCGUUACCAGCUGAUGAUAUUGUGAAAGUUUACGAGGAAGUAAAAAGUUUGUUGCCCAAAUCAUCAAAACCAAAGUUUCCAGUAAAUAGUACCCCAAAAAGGACCCCAAUUUUUAGAAUACAAAAAGGCAGCACCCCAAGAAGGUUACUACCAAAGAUCCCAACUUUUUCAACAUCAGGGUCAGAACUCGUUUCAUAUACGCAUCCGCCCCGUCUACCUCUUUUUUCCGGGGAUUCCAAGGAUGCUAGCUUUAAGCAGUGGUUGUUUGAAGUCAAAGCUCUUCGACGUGACGGUAUUUAUUCCGAUGCCGUUUUAUUACAUGCAAUCAGAAGGUCACUCAAAAGUCCUGCGUCUGAUGUUUUAUAUCACCUUGGUGAUGUAAAGGAAAUUGACCGAGUUUUGGAGAAAUUUGAACAGGUGUUUGGUGAUGUGUUGUCAUCAGGGGCAAUAUUACAGCAAUUUCAUUCUUCUAAACAGCAUGAUUCUGAGAGUAUUGCAGCAUGGGCCUGUAGACUGGAAAGUUUAGUUGCGCAAUUACUCUCCAUCAAUCCACCGGCAGUAACAGACACUGGUGCAAAGUCCAUGUUGCGUUUGAAAUUUUAUUCCGGGCUUAAUUCUAACACUAUCAGGCAUCUAUUAAAAAAUAAAUUUGAUGGUGGUGCCACAUUCGAAGAAUUACUGGUGGAAGGAAGAACAAUAGAGAUGGAGGAAAAAGAAAGAUUUCAUCUCGAUGCAGCUGUAUCGGACAUGCAGUCUGGUGGCUUAAUGAAAGCAAUCGAUUCUUUAAGUCGUAGGUUAAGUGGGUUGGAACUAGUAUAGGACGGCGUAAUCGA